AUGCCGUCACGCCGUCCCACGAGUCAUCCUGUUUCCCCUAGCCGGGUUUCAGCACCCUCCGGCUCCCCCGCUCCCCUAGCUCCUGCGCCUGCGCCUGCGCCUCCUCCACCCGCUCUUGCAAUUGACCCCGACGUUCAGGUGAUUUCAGUUAUCGACCUUACUGCAGAGUCAGAUACUGACAGGGUGAGUGAUGAUGGAUCUGGACCCCCUGCGAAAAGGCCGUGCUUGGAUACUCGUGAGAGCUCGACUCCGCUGGUGCCGCUGGACAACAAAAAUCAAUAUCUUGCAAUUCACCAGCAGCCGCUAGAUCCCCAACACAAUACACCCUCCACUGCAAGUGAAGUUCCAGAGUCGAUAAAUCCCAUGGACUUAAUGAACCACACUCCGAAUGAGCAGUCCCUGCGCCCGCCCUGGUCGUUUCGGAGCGGUAUGUCGAGCUCUGCAGCCCGGCGCGCAUCGGAGUCUUCUCAGUGGUCACCGUCUACAGGUCUACCCCUGCUGCCUAUUCGACCUUGGCAGUAUAGUCCGCAGGAACGAUCUCCACACGACACUCCAACGGCCGCGGAUGCACCGAAGGAUGAUACGUGGUGUUUGGAGGUGCAGACAACGCCUUAUCGCAUGUUCAAACCCACCAAGGCGCCUCGGUUCCCUGACAACAAACUUGCGGAUUUCUCCCCAUGGACAGGGUCACAGGUCGAGGACGUGCUCUCUGAGCACACCAUCAAGCAUGGCUUCUAUGACCGUGUCCAGGUGUCUCCCAAUGAAAGUGUUAGCGCAAGGUCCACUCUGUAUCCUCAAUUCAAACACCGUUCCGGAUUGAAAGUCUUGUCAUCCGUCUUUGCUGCGAGUCUCGAGCAACGACAGAACCACAAUAGAGUCACUGCCCCGUCGACAUUUCGGCCGCCGCCCCGGGUCACGUUGACUGACAAUAAGCGUGAGACUUGGCUGCGAGAUCUGGCAAAUGACUCCGUACCGCUACGCAGACUAAGUCGCACUAUUCCGCAUGGGGUCAGGGGUAAAGUGCUCCUCGAACAUUGUCUUGUGAAAUCUGUCCAUAUUUCUCGGGCUCUCUGGGUGGCAAAGUGUGUUGGUGCCAACGAACUACGUGCAUUUAGGAGGAAGGGAACAUCUGCUACUGUUGCAAGUGGUCUAGAGGCGAAAUGGGUGCGAGACUGGACGGUAAACGUGCAGCAGUUUAUUGAGGGGGUAUUAGGUAGUUUGGUGGAUGAAGGUUGGAAAAUUAGACUUUGUUAUGCCCUGAGACUUACUGGUCGACUUUUCCUCGAGUAUCUUGUUGACCAUGACCAUUUUAUGGAGUGGUUCCACACAUCGUCAAGUAAGGCUUCGUUGGCAAGCUUUCCUGUCUGGCUCCUUAUGCUUGGGAGCUAUUGGGAUCAUGUUGUCAAGUACCGCAAAAGAGGCAAGCGACUUGCAGAGUGCCUGUUGGAGAAGCUCAGUACAGCUAUCCUUAUUAACAAGAACGGACAUCUAAAUUCUCUCAUUCGACGUCUCUCUCGCUUUAUCAAAAAAAUUGUUCGUCAUUGCCCCUCUUCGUUUAUUCUUCCUCGAUGCUGGGCCAAAUACGAAACGACAUUAUCAUCAUGUCUAGAUAUGAACAGCGCAGAGGAUAAAAAGGACUUUGCAUCUCUCCAGGAGCGGAAUGCAUCGAUAUCUCGAGCCAAAGUUGAACCUGCACCAAAGGGCAAUUCACCGCUUCAGCACAUAAUCGAGCUUCUUGACUCAUCCAGCGAUAUUCCCACUCUCGCUACGGAUUUGUUGAAUUUAUCACUUGAUCCGAGCACUGUGGCCACUACGGUCUUAGAGUGGGCGUCGACUGCGUUCCGCUAUGGCACCUCCCGAACGUACACAGCCGUCCGGCUUUUCCGAAGAUGGAGGAGGAUAGGAAUGGAUACUGACUUGUACCUCUUCACGUUCCUCGCGCAAGCUCACCAAAAGUCCGGCGUGCGCCUCGUUGAUCUAUACCAUAUCAUUUGCGAAUUGGUCCGUUCACAGACAUUUUCCGUGUCCAAGUACUUGCAGUGGCUCAUCGCGCGUGGUGCACUAAGCAGGGUUUCUGAAAAUAAGGAGCGUAUGCCUGGGGACGUUGGUCUCCUCAGCAAUCUUCCAUCAUGUCGUCUUCCCGGCCAUGUUUGGAAUCUUCGUAAUACUCUGCUUUCAAGGACAGGAUUUCAGGUAGAUCUGGAGUCUGAGACCAUUGAAGUUGUAAAGCAAUCAAUUCAACGUCGUCUCCCGACAAUGUUUCCUGAGGUCCGCACGGAUGCGGACGUGCAGAUGACAGACGAUUUGGAUCUUUCUGCCGGAACAUGGACAGUGAAGUGUGAGAUAGGGCAGUGGCUUCGAGAUGUUGUAGCCUAUCAUGUCAGAGAUGGUAUGAGGACUGCUUGGGAUUUCACAAACGAUUUCGGAAUAGUUUCACUCACUCCCCAGGAAUUCUUUGAAGUACGAUAUGUCCUUGAAUCUCUUGAUGAUAUGUCCAUGUUUGCCGAUGUGUUGAAAUGUGCUUCGGAGUCCGACAAUGUUACAGUUUUGAUAUCGGCUGUCGACGCUCUUAACUACCACCUUGACACGUUCAAUGCCAUCGGUGCUACACCUGACCUCUUCAAGAGCUUGGUAAUCUCAUAUGCCAGAAUUAGAACGGCAGAUUCACGCAUUGACCAUUUGAUAACGUCUCUUUUAGAGGUCGGAGUCAGAAUUCCAACCGAGGCGCCUUCCGUUGCUAUGCUCCGCCGAGAUCAGAUGGAACGGGAAAAACAACUCUCCAUGGAGGCUCCGUCUCCGGUAUCUGACGACAUCGCCGAUAUAAACACCGCCACGCCCAGUCGCACGUUUAGACUCGCAUUGGACCAGCUGCUAGCGUCGGGAAAUACUAUGGAUGAAGUCACGAUGACUCGAAUCUUCACCACUCUGUCCAAGAGACUUGAAUAUGGCAGUGUAAACGGAAAGCAAUGCACCCAUGAGACAGCGCGGUAUUUUGUUCGACUCAGGCCCUUUAAUACGAAGCUUUUUGACCGCUUGAUGAUCAGAUGGGUCAUUACGGUGCUAAAAUCGUCGCCUCGACCGAAUCUGUCAAGCCUUCUGCCGCCGCUGAUAGGUGUUGGUUGCGUUGCAUUACAGUCUCUUUAUGUCCUUAUUAAAUAUCUGCUGCGCACUGGCGACCUGCGAGAGGGGAUCCCGGAUUUGACUGAAUUCCGACAGAGUCUAAUUCAGCUCUUAGAUAAGCGGCUGGCCAACGCCAGUGGCGCGCAAGAUCUAGUUGCGUACCGGUUCAAAAUGGCCCAGCAAGAAUACGUGAGACUGUUUCCUUCGCAAGCGCUUAGUCUUUUGCAAGAUUUAUUGGCAGGGGUUUCGCAGGCCAUAGCGGAAUCUCCGAAACGUGCAGGCGGUGAUCCAUUGGGUGACUCGGUUAAACCCCUUCUGAGCGAAAUCGCAGUCCGACACCCACAUGUUCUCGGCAUGGAUGGGUCUGAUCGCUUGUUGGAGAAGUUUCCUGAUUGCAUGAAGUUCACUAGCCAAGCACUAAGCAUGUUGUUGACAAUUCCGGAUGGAAGUGUCUUAGACGCCGCGAAAGAGACUAUUGCCUCCAUCAACGAUUUCUCUCGUCCCUUUUGUCUCAUGAAGCUACGGUUAUUAUUUGUGGAAAGUGACGUUGAGAGCAAGAAACGUAUUUAUGAUCUUGUUUAUGAAGCCGCGAAAUCUGAUAUACAGCAAGGCCUGUCAGAUUGGAUUCAUGUUGUGAGCACGUUGCACGCAGAUGCCGCAAUGGAGAUUCGCCAACGAGCUGAGGAACAACUGUUAGCUAUUACCUUCACAUCUCUAAUUGCUCCACGUCCAGCUCUCUCAUCACCGACUGAGCCCGACGCUAUCGCGACCAGUGACGUGUCGCCACUUGUCUAUCUCCGCAUAGUGGAGGAAUUAUCGUUCAGCAUCCUAGACGCAGGCAACCUUUCACUCGGUCCAGUUUUUGUUGACAAAAUGAACAUUAUGCUUCAAAAAAUCACAGCUCUAGAGAACAGCAUCUUAAACACUGACUCUAGCCAGGAUACUGCCCAAAUCAACAACCUACGCGAAGCCCAAGCAACACAAGAAAUUUCUAUUCGCUUCUGGUUAUACAUUAUGCUCCGUCUCAUCGCCAUUCACCGCUCGGACCUUGACCCGAGCAAGCUCUCAAAAUCCGACAUAGUUGACCAAACGCGGCUCCUGAUCUCCAUCAGCUGCAUUGCGUUAUCCCAAACCAUAUCCUCCACGAACGUUCCCUCCGUCCCUCUUAGCCACUCACUGACCAAUAUCUCCUCACAAGCAACCAAUAACCUUCAAACCCAAGCUCUAGACGUCGCCGCAACACUGGUCGACACCAUCCCCGACGAAGCACGUCAUCAAUGCGCUUGUUUCUUUCGGGACCGCUGCCCUCCGUACAUCCACCCACAGAACCAACCGCGUCUACUUUUCCUCUUCGGUCCCAUCCCCCCAACUGACAUCGCUGCGUCUUUUAUUCCUCCUAAACAACCAACACAGUCAUCCCCUGCGUCAGGAGCUGCUAGCAGCAUACCAGCAGCAGCAGCCGGGUCUUCUCCUACAAGUACGCCUGCAGCGGCAAAGGGAGCAGAACCAGCACCAACACCAGAAUCCUCACAAACCCUCCCAACCCCUCCCAACAGCAAUUACAAUGCACCUUCAGUAGCACCAUCACACAUGACACCAACAACAUCAAUAUCUUCCUUUCAACCUCUCCCAACCCCCCCUAGCAGCGUUUACAAUGCAACAUUGCAUAUUCCCUGCAACGAUCCGAAUUCUUUCGUUGGGGAUCUGCGGCUCCAGCAGCAGGGACAGGAUGUGGGUCCUUAUCCGCUGCGCCCAUGGGAGAUGCUUGAAGAGUCAGCCCCGGUUAUGGGUGUUAACGACACUGCGGUGAAUUUGGGGUUGUUUGAGGCGAGGGUGACGAGGGAUUGA